AUGGCCCGCUACGAGUCCCUUCAUGGGAAUCACGAUGACGAGGAGGAUCAUGUAACACACAAUGAGGUUGAGGACCAUGAUGAGGAUGACAGGCGGCGGCACACUGGAAGUUCAGGGAGUUCAAAAUCAUCAUACACGGCAGUCGAGCAAGAUGAUGAAGAAGGCGGUGCCGGUCGUAGGGCUGUCUUCGCCGCCCUCUACGGGGGAGGAGGAAGCCCACCCUCCGGAGGCCCGGUCCAUGCCAGCGGCGAUCGGCAAGAUUCUGGGACCGGGACCGGAGACGAUCAUCACCAACACAACACUCUUCCGGUCCUCCAACACCCCGGGCCUUUUGAUGCACCACUCAUCCCCCCGAAAAGCCCAGCCAGAAGUACCAGCAACAAUCCCUUCGUCAACGCCACGACAUCGACAACGAGCAGCCAGCAGCAGGCCACCACCAACCACCACCAAACCCAAGGCUCAAGGUCCUCUCGCUCGCGCUUCCGGUCUGGCUCCGGCUCGGGCUCUAUAAAAUACGGCGAACAACAGCUAAGAAAAAGUCGCUCAACCUCCCGAGACAGCGCCAACUACGUAAACCAGUACUCCCGCUCAUGGAAGCCUAGUUACGGGGUACCCCAUUCUCACCUCGGUCAUCAGCAUCCAGGGCAAUCCCCUUUUCCGCCAUUACCGGAGACGGCAGAGGUCGAAGGAGAUCAUCACCACGGGAAUCACCACCGGGAUCAUGAUGACUACCAUGACCAUGAUCAUGAUAGUAGUGAUGAUCCUCAUGAUCUUGAUCAGGAUGAUUACAUGUAUGAAAAAGAAACCGGAAUGGGGAUGGGGACACCGCGUGGUAGAGGUACUGGGAGCAUCAAGGAAAAGGGCGGCAAGGGCGGGAUGAGGAAACUAAUGUUGGUGGAAAGGACAGAUACAAAACGGGGGAAGCCGAUGGGGAGGGGCAGACGAGGGACGGCGAUGAGUGAGGUGUCGAUUGAUGCGGCGGAUUCGAUAUCAGUCAAAGGGCUGCCAAUGACAAACAUGAACCUCAACGUGAAUGGACAAGGGGGUGCUACUGCUGGUGGUGGGACGGGCGGUGGGAUGAACAGGAGGGAGCAAGGUUUGUCGUACUUCGACUUUGAGUCGACGGAGACGUUGGUGCAGAGUAAGCAGAGCAUGCUUGGGUGGUGGCUUGAGGGGCUGGGGGUGUUGGGAGGAUUGGUGUGUAUUGUUGUCAUCGGCCUAGUCCUAAGCAUCUAUGACCAAAAACCCACACGGCCCGGCGCUCUCAACCUCAACGUCUUCCUCUCCUUCAUGACCUCCCUCGCCACAGCCUGCUACAUGAUCCCCGUCAUCGAAGGCCUCGGCCAGCUCCGUUGGCUUCGCUACACCGGCGGACGGCGGGGGAACGUGUCCCGACCGGCAAGCGACUUUGAGGCCAUCGACCAGGCAUCGAGGGGAGUCCACCACUGUUGGAAAUUACUCGGUUUUCAAGGAGGCCCCCUAGGCCUCCUAGCAACCCUCAUCACCGCUCUAACCCUCUUCACCCCCUCCCUCACCCAGCUCCUCAUCACCUACACUCCCCCGCAACCCCACCACAACGCCUUCGGCGAGCCCUUCGACAGUAACCAGGCAGCCGUGACGCUCGUCCAAAUCAACUGGUCCUGGCUCUCCUUCUUGUUCGUCCAAGUCUUGUUAUCAGCCAUUUUCCUCACCGCCAUCAUCGUCCAAACCAGAAUGGAGGGGAUACAAAUCUUCAAGAGUUCCGCGCUGCCGGGCAUGACGGCUUUGGAUGGGCAGGCUCGGAUUAGCCUGGGCGGCGCUAUGGGACAAGGGGGGAUCAUGACGAACGCGGUGUUGGGAGAGAGGGCAAAAAAGACGAGGUUGAGGCUGGAGAGGGGUAACGGUGUUGCGGGUGGUGGAGGUGGAAAUCAUGGGUUGGUGCAGGGGUUUGUUGUUGUUGACUUGAACUCGAACUCGAGCUCGAUGGGGUCGUCUGGGUCUGGGUCUGGAGCUGCGGGGACGGGGUGGCACAUGCCGAAGGGACUGGGAUUGGGAUUAGGAUUGGAGCGUUUCCGUCAUCAUGAUCAUCAUGCGCCGCUGUAUGAGAAGGAGGGAGGCGGAGAGGGAUUCGGGGGACACUACGGAGGAGGAGGAGGCGGUGGUGGUGGUGGACAUCAGGGGUUUGGCAAUGGCCCGGCUGAGAACUUGAACUUGAACUUCCCUGCUGCUGCCGCUGCGGCCGCUGGGUUUGGGCCGCUGCCUACGCCAAUGUCGAUGGCGAUGCCAAUGCCGAUAGCGACGACGGUGCCUGCUUCGACGGCACUGCCGGGGAGGAGAAAGAUGAGGUAUAGCUUGUUUGGAGGAGGAGCAGGGAGGGAGAAGCUGAGAGUUGGGGGCUUACCUGUCCAUGCUAGUAAUGGCGGCGGGCAACAUUGA